GGUGGGGGAGACGAUUUAGCAGCGAGCGAGCGGGCGGGCCGGGCGCAGACGGACGGAACCCCCCGAGAAUAGCCGGCCUCCUCAGAUCCAGGGGCCGGUCCGCCCUGAAAUCCAACCCCCCGUCGCCCUAUCCGCGGCACGGCCACGCUCGCUCGCCUGCCUGCGUCCCGCCCCCCCGAUCCCCUCUUCCCUCUUCCUCUCCUCGCAGAGGGAAGAAGGUCGAUCAGCCCUCCCCGCGGAUGGGAGGACGGUCGAUCCCGCACCAAUAAAGCAGCGCAGCGGGCCUCUCCGCUCGCCGGGUGGGUGGGUGGCCGGGGGAUCCGCCCGUCGUUCCGUCCUUCGUCGCUGCCUAGUAGUAGUAGCUUGAUUGAUUCCGUCCCAGCCCAACAAUAUUUCCCAGUUCCUCCGCCGCCCGUUCUUCGCUUCCACAAGCCGCCCGGUUGGUUGGAUUUAGAGAGUUCGGUUCCCCCCUUCCGUUUCGAUUUGGGAUCUUCAUUAGUUCAUCGGCUGCCCGGCGGUUUCUACGCCCCCCAUUUGAUUCUGAUAGGUCCAUUCAGUACUCAGCAGAUUCUUUGCGUGCUCGGCAUAUCCCUUUGCCUUCGAUCGAGCAAGAGAUGGAACACGCGAUGCCGACGAUGACCGCGGAGUCCGAGGGCGGCGCGACCACCGACGACGACGUGCACCUUUCCCCGACCAGCGUCAGCAGCGGUGGUGGUGGUGGAGGAGGAGGCGCACCCAGCGUCCGCUUCAAGAUACUCUGCAGCUUCGGCGGCCGCAUCAUGCCCCGCCCGUCCGACGGCGCGCUCAAGUACAUUGGCGGCGACACCCGCGUCCUCGCCGUGCCCCGCUCCAUCCGCUUCCGCGAUUUGAAGAAGAAGGUGGAGGAGAUGUUCAAGACGGAUGUGGCGGCCAUCAAGUACCAGCUGCUAUCCUCCGACGACCUCGACGUGCUCGUGUCCGUCACCUGCGACGAGGACCUGGGCCACAUGCUCGACGAGUACGACCGGUUCGAGGCGAAGCGGUCGCCGUCCGCGUCGCCCCGUUUCCGCGUCUACGUCUUCGUGCCGCACCAAGUCUCCGCCGCCGUCGCCGCCCCCGUCCCGUCUUCUCGCCACGUCAGCUACGCGCGCAGCCAGCCGCACUACCAUCACCAGCACCACCACCUCCAGCCGGAGCGGGAGCGCUACGUGGCCUCGGUGCCCGGCACGCCUGACGGAAGCCCGCCGUACCCGGACCAGCCCAACGGCAUCGUCUCGGCGGGGAACUCCCCGCGCGCCAACAUCGUAGAGCAGGCCGUGUUCCGCGGCGGGAUGCAGCGUGUCCGGAGCUCGCCCAACCUCGGCGGCCUGAAUGCUGCACCGCAAGCCUUCCAUGACCACGCCGGGGACAGCCCCGGAGGCUUGGCUGGAUACAUGAGCAGCUCGCCGGUGCACCCGGGCGGCGGUCACAUGUUCUCGCAGGGCAACUACAACCCCUACCGCAGCCCACAGCCGCAGUACUCUCCAGCGCCUGUGCCUGUGCCUGUGCCGGUGGCCGGCAGGUACGACGCGCGUGGGGGUUACGCCCGGGGUGGCAGCUACAUGGCGGCGCCGAUGGUGCCAGCGCUCCGGUCUGGUCGGCCGGUCACCAGGAGCGGCGGGGCGCCGUACAGCGAGAUGCAGACGCCGAAGAAGGCGGCGACGAUAUGGGACUGAGGGUUCCGCGGCGGUUCGGGGCCUUGGAGAUGGAGGCAGUAACUUGCUUGAGAUGUAAAUUACAUGGAUACAUCCAUGCGGCCUUGUUAGUAGGCUGUUUUGUUGUUGAAAUGUUAUCCAGGCUGAGAAUUAACGAAAUUUCUUCA